GAAUCAGGGAUGCUUUAACUGGAUUUAUCAUUCAUCCUGGAAUGUGCCUACUGUGCCUCUUCACAGAACUUCAUGUCUGAGGUAAAUGGCAGGACAGAAAGAAGUGUGAAAACUUUGAAAGGCACCGAGAAGUCCAAGACUUUGUUUCUGAGUGAAGGAUGCAGACCAUAAAGUGCGUAGUUGUUGGAGAUGGCGCUGUGGGCAAAACUUGUCUUCUCAUCAGCUAUACCACCAACGCCUUCCCAGAGGAGUACAUCCCUACUGUGUUUGACAACUACAGUGCCCAAAUGACUGUUGAUGGCCGGACAGUUAGCCUAAAUCUCUGGGACACUGCAGGCCAGGAGGAAUAUGACCGCCUGCGCACGCUCUCCUAUCCUCAAACCAAUGUAUUUGUCAUCUGUUUCUCCAUCGGUAGCCCCUCUUCCUAUGCAAAUGUGAGGCACAAAUGGCAUCCUGAAGUUUCUCACCACUGUCCAAAUGUUCCCAUUCUUUUAGUGGGCACGAAGAGAGACUUGAGAAGUGACCUGGAAACAGUUAAAAAGUUGAAAGAGCAAAGCUUGGCUCCCACUACGCCGCAGCAGGGGACUUCACUGGCUAAACAAAUUGGAGCAGUCAAAUAUUUGGAGUGCUCGGCGUUGAAUCAGGAGGGUGUUCGGGAGGUGUUUGCUGAGGCUGUGCGUGCAGUUCUGUAUCCUGUGACAAAGAAGAACACGCGAAAAUGUGUCCUCUUGUAGUUGCUUCGGGUGAUGGAUGUUCGACGUUGAAUAUUGACUGGAAUCUUGGAGGGCUUUUUAAUGAGUUAAAUUGAAGAUUUGCAUCUUGCACUAACAGCUCUAAGCAGAAAGGGUUUAUGCAACGAAUAUUCUUGCAGUCUUAUUGCUUCAGGGAAAUGGAAACAGAUAUUUUUUUUCCAACUGAGAGGUCAAAUAUCUAUCUACUUUAUUUCUAAAGUUCCAGUCUCCAGCUUCUCUGGGGAUUGCUUGGCUUCUGUCCUUAUCUAGUGGAGGGAAAUAAAAGAAGGGACUUCUUUGAAGCCAGACUUCUUUACUAGAUAGCCAUCAGUUACUGGAUUUGACGAAAAGCACAAAUUCUGAUAACUUUGCUUUAAGCGUAGCUGCUGCUUUUCCCAUCCCUUAUUUACUGAUUGAAUUGUUUCACAAACAGAAGUCUGGCUGUCCAGCUGUUUUAAUUUGUCAAUUUGAAGCUUGAAAAUGAUUUGUUUACAUGCAAAAAUGCCUGAAACAUUACUGAGAUUCACCUUAUAGUGAACUGUGAUCGUUUAUAUGAAGAUUUAGCGUAAGGCAUGUUUAAUGCAAUGAGCAAGACCCAGGGAAUGCCUGCAAUGAUUUUAGUAAUAGAAGCAGGAGCUUCUCCUAAUGUAAGGAACUUAGGAUAAUGAUGAAUUUCUCAAAUGAGUGAUUUUCAUACUGUAGAACUGGAGAGGUGGAAGAGUAGUUUAGAUGCAAGUUCUCCAUAAUCUUCUAAACUGAGUUUUUAUUUCACUCUCCAAAGAGUAAAGUUAACAGUUACCUUCUUGGACUGACUGAGGUAGUUGGGAUGACACUUCUCAAAACAAGAUUUUCAGUGUGAUCCUUUUGAUGAAUCUCAGAGACUUGAUAGCAGCCCAUUUGCUUUUGAGGAAUUAAUUGCUUCACUUCUUAAUGUUCUUGGGGCCACCACCUGAGAUUUUUAUGGCAAAUUCUUCUGUUGUUUUUCUGGGAGAACACUGACAGAAAAUUUGGAGGUUCUAUUUACAGGAACCCCGAACCCUCAUUUCUUCCUGGCAACUCACUGAUGGUUUCAGUUAAAUGUGUAAUGGUUAGCCAGUCGCGAUAGGUUUACCUGGGCAGUUUUCUCCUCUCUACUAAGUGAUCAGUUAUUCUAAACUGUUUUAACUGAAGUUCUACUUACAUAUUUUUUUUAACUUUCUCUAGCAGCUCUAGCGAGCGGCAGCUGGCUUUUAUUUUCAGGAUGUGGACUGUUCUUUAUGUGUGAUUCUGGGACCAGCUGAGGAGUGAGCGCAUGAAACCUUCCUUAGACUUAACCUUAGUGCUCGGUGGUAUGAAAGCAGCGUGCUUCAAAGAUAACUUUGUGUGAAACCAAUGGUGCUGGACUGGGCUUUGUUGUCUGAAGCUGACAGUGCUGUCUUUGUCCGGACGCAGCCUCCAACUGGUUAAUUCAGAACUUGCUUUCUUGUGAUUCCCACGCAUGCAAAACUGCACUGGGCAGAAAAGAAUAUAAUUUUAGCAAGAUAAUAGAAAAUAUAUCAACAGGGUUAUUAGGGAUCUUGUGUUAAUUUAACCUUGCUUUAUCUGAUAUGGUGGAUAGAAACCUUCACAUUCGUGCCCUGAUUCCCCUCUUUGAAGAGGACGUGUCUUCCUUCAGCCGGUGUAACUGAUGCCGACACUAACUGCCAUUUUUGUAAACCUGAGGUAUUGCCCGUCCUGGUGCUGCUUUAGCAAAAUUGCAACCCGUAGACGAUAAAGCUGCAGUUAGUCCAAAUACUGGUCUGUGUGGCUAGUGGGACCAACACCCAGUUCCAAACGUGGCCUGAUUGCAGGCGACACCCGAGCACCUGUACGCGCGACGUUUGCGGGAGCUUAGAGACUCUGCCUAUUUUUCUUCACCAAGUGCCAUUGCCUGGAGUGUCUUUGCACCUUUUGCACUCGUAGAAGAAGUGCUGUUCCAGAUGUGGCUCCUGCGUGGGGAGGGUGUAGGAGCAUUUCAGCGAGGUAACCUCUACUCACCGUGUUCUGCCUUUCCUUUAGUAGUAGGCCUUUAGCGUGGGCUUGACUUGCAGGCAGCAAUUAACUCCGUGCCUUGUAAUUCCAGAUUAUUUUCUGUAGGUAAAUUUCAGUAACCGAGUAAAUAGUUUAUCAUGGUUAAAAUGUAUUUAUUUAAGCCAGUGCACAUGUUUGGUGGUUUGUUUGUUGGGUUUUUUUUUUUAAUGUCAAUCAGGCCUAAAUCAACUGCUUAGUUACCCUGGUGCAAGCCCAUAACCUUUGCUUAACUCAGAGAUGUACUUUAAAAAGUUUGUGAUAUGUUUGAACUGCUCUACUGCUCUUAAAUAGACUUUUAAUUUCAACAACAGGCACCUCUUUUUUUUUUCUACAUAUAUUUGCAAUUUUGUACUGGAGCUACUACUGUUUUUAAAAGUUUUUACUUUUUUACAUACUGAAAUCCUUUAGUUCUGCAUCUUUUUUGGUUAUUCCUAACUGGAUUACAAUAAUUUUGGGGAGAAGAAAUCCUGUGAGGGAGUAUUAUUGCACACCCCCCACCCCGUUUGUGUAGGCUCACACAGAGCAGCCAUCCUGGUGUUAACUGGAGGAGAGUAUGGCAAGAUAAAAUUCAACCACUUAAUCAAUUUAUUCGAAUUGAUUACAUUAUACUAGAACACUUUAUCCCUAUCUAGAUUGCUCAAUAAAUGGAUUGCGCAGCAGUA